AUGCAGUGCGUACCAGGCGUCAUUCCGUACGCCAUAGGUAGCCGUUCUUACGAGCGAGCCGCGCAGUUCGCUAAGGAGGUCGGCAUGGCUGGCGACGCCGCGAUUUACGGCAGCUACGCUGACGUCAUUGCGGACCCGUUAGUGGACGCCGUUUACAUCCCGCUGCCGACUGCGCUCCACGUGGAGUGGGUGCACCACCUUACCAUGCCAGACGAGGAAUCAGGAGAAGCUCCUGCUUCUCCUCGCAAUGGACUUUCUGUGCUCGGGGUUUUCCCCCGCCUGGGCAAAGCUUAUGCCACUCCUGUCAACGAACCUCCUCGCCCCGAAUCACCAGUCCGUUCAGUCGGCAUGGUAUAUGCGUGGGGCGCACCGAGCUCGCCGACUGUCAUGGAGCCACACCCGUCCGUGACUCUUGUGCCUGGUGGUGACGAGGGCCCUUCAAACCGCGGCGAGAGCACUCCGUCAACGGUGAAUAGCGCUCCUGCCAAGCGUCCUCGCACCGGUGGUGUGAAAUACACCCAGCAGCUUCUGUGGGGUGCAAAGCCCCCACGCCAACCACCAAGUCCUCCUCGUGCAGCACCGCUUGUGAAUGCUGAUGAGGAGUUACCCAAAUCGGAUGCUGACGCUGAGUAUGCAAUCAUGAAACACCGUUUUGAUUCUGACUGGGCAUCCCGUUUUCCGUGGCUUCGUUUGCAUCGCACGAAAGCAGGCCGCCCCUCGUUGAAGUGCAACGUCUACAUGCUGCAUGGCGAUCCCUCUGCCAACACGACGUACGGCGUCAAGGGCGAGGGUGGCCGCGAUCUUCAGCUUGGCAGCAUGCGCGCCCAUGUUGCGACUCGGGCGCACAAGGCCGCCUUGAAGGUGGAAGCUGAGGCUGAGGCGCGUCGUGAGCGUCAACUCACUCUGACGCGUUGGCAAGCCACGGACGCAUCAACACGUCACAUAAUCCGCUGUCUGCACAUCGCCAUGUUCAUCUGUAAGGCGGAUGCUCCAAUCGCCCUGUUUGUUCCUCUCUGCUGGUUCCUAGCCAGAGAGGGACUACCCGAUCUUCCGCCCACUGGUGGCUACGGCGCGUACUAUACGGAUGAAGCUCUGGCGGCGAAAGAUGCUGCGACUGCGGUGAAGGAACUCAACAUGGUCGACGACGUCGUGCGCGGGUUUGCCUCCCUUCUUUCCAACAGCAACGUCCAGCACGCGCGUUUCAUGAAUCUACAGCUCACCUUCUGUCAAACCAACCUUGAAACAAGGAUGCGCCUGACCCAACGCUACCUCCGUGUCCCCGAGGGACACACAUUCGGUCAUGGCGACAAGAUGCAUCUGCCUGCCUUCAUCCGUGCACAUGGGAAGUCGGACCCGGACAAGCGGAAGAUGAAGGUGGAAGGGGUCGAUAGAGAUGGGACCCCAUCCUCUCAUGAGUUCGUGCUCCACGAGCGACCUCUGGCCGAUGAAGACCCAGGCGGUGAAGACCCAGACGGUGACGCGACAGCAGGUGACGCGACAGCAUGCAACGAGCUGUCGACCAAGUUUGUGCGGGAGGUUGUGAAGCAGCUUGAGAAGCGGCUGAGAGAUCUGUCUCACCUCGAUGGCUCGAAGCUCUUUUUGUCAUCGAAGUACCUUCUCGACGAUGACAAGCGUGUCGCGGCGUUCAAGCGCUGGCUGAAGCAGCUCCAUGUGCUCUUCCGCGAGACCCUGCCCGGUUUGUGCCCGUUGAUUCUGUGA